AGAAUCUUGCGAGUGAGCACGCAAACUCACUGGUUUGCUCUAUCUCACUCUGCAUUAAAUUUAUGACAGUAAUUAAGCUCACCUGUGUUGUCCUGCAAACCGCAGAAGUCAGCGCAAGGGUGAAAGAAAACACCGUACACACCGUACUGUUGCCAGAAAGGGAGAAAAAAGUUUGAUCACUUCUCUGCUUAACGUAGGACUUGUAAAAGAAACUCUCUCUUCGAGGCUCUCGCACUCUCACUUUACUUUUCACUUGCGUGUCGAAAACUGAUUUGCCGUCUCCCUCUCCCGGGAGUAGAUUUGUAUUAUCUUUCUCUUACCAUCGAUGAAUUCGUGGCGUUGAUUCAACUUGAACAGAUCUCACCAGUAGCCGAACACUCGGGUCAGUUCUAGUUAGUGCUCCAUUCGGAUAACUCGUUAUAGGGCUUGGCCACGCGCGUUUUGUUCGGUAGCCUUUUUUUUACUGUGCCCCAUACUCAGAGCUUAAGAGUGUUAGUGCGUGUGUAUGCGCACUUGUUUGACAACAAGGCGUCCUUGUGACGACGAUAUCUUUAGUGGCGAACAUGCAGAACGGGGCGCGUGAGUGGGUGCCGUAGAGGAUGCUGUGCAACGGCAUCGUGUACCCUUUUCAGGGAUAGAAUCUUCGUCGCCGUUGCGAGGUUUAUGAAUAUUAGUGCUGAUCUCUAACACGGGUCUCCAACAGUUUGACAGAUUUUCCACCCGCCGGUAUGCGAGUGAAUGCUGGAGAACAACACUGUACUGCACAUGCGUGCACAAUAGCUCUAUUGUGCUUUGUCUAAGUUCUUCGCAGGCACUGCUACUCGAAUCGGAGUGCGUAUUCCAAUGUGGGUGUGAAAGGUUCUUUCAAUCAUUCGCUCGGAAUCGAAAAAGAGAGAAGCAAUUACCUAAAACAAAGUGAUUUUCAGUUUUGAUUUGGGAAUUGCAAUUCCCUUGUGCUUGGUGGUAGUUUGAUGGGGAACUGGUUUUUCGGUCAAUAAGCCAAUUACUGUGAGCAAGAAAUAACAUCGGUCUGGUUCAAAACAGGCACCAACACUAGCUAUCUUCAUUUUUUUACGAAACAGGAAAAUAAUCGAUAGUUCGGAUGUUUUGGUCGAAAAUGUGAAGGGGAUUUGUUUGCUGUUUCUACAAAGCACCAGUCGAAGGAGAAUAGUUGCUAGAAAAUAUUAACAGUGCAUGUACAUUGUGAAAAAGAAGAAGUAGAAAGAUGUGAAAUCAGUGACAUUGAUGGGUCAUUUGUCCCGAUGAUGAUUGAAAAAGUUGCAAAUGGUCUAAUAGAGAGCCGGCUCAGCAAUCGGUGGGUCUGAGCAAAAACCGUAGUUGAUCAUCAAAACGACGUUCAAAUAGUUUAUAUUUGCGUCACUCCAGUUACCGAAAAGUGCCUGCAAUUAAAGCGAAAUUGCAUGCGUGUUUUUUUUCUCCUAAGUGUUGUGCAUCUGCGAACCGUGCUGUUUAUGAUAUUUGGAUAAUUUUCGUGUGAAGUUCGAAUUAAUCAAGCUGUCAUGUCAGGCACCACGGGCUUGUGCGGCUGAAAUUCCCAAGUCGUGUGACAAGUUGCUGCCUAUGUGGACCUUGGGAAGAUACCAACGGGUACACUUUGACAGAUUGGACAGUUAAAAGGAUUACGCCAGUUGUCGCGAUCAUAUCUGAACGAACUGCAAGUGGAGUCUAUUAAACGGGUUCGGCAACUUCGGAAAAUAUAAACAGACUUGUUCCAUUGGGCGAAGGCAACUAAAUUUGGUUAUCUUGCGCAGCUCGAUGUUCAUGGAAAAGCCCAAAACAGGGUGUCCGGAGUGCGAACCCAGCACAUACUCGAGGCCACCAGCCUCGCCACAGUGUAUUCGCCAAUGCUGCCAUAAAGUGCCGUAGAAGAAGAGUGUCUGUAUGUGUGCGCAAACGAAAGAGGAAGUGAGGGAGUUUCAAUUUACGACGGCCUGUCGCGAGCUGUUGUGGUGAAUUAAAAUUAAGAAGAUUAGUGAAAAUUGAAUCGCAUUCGGAUUUGCAACUCGGGACCGCCCGAAGUGUUAGCGGAAUGGAUACCGGUUUGACCUUCGACGAUGAACCUCCGCCCGAACCGAGGGACGGAUGGCUGCUGGUGCGGAUUUUUGUGCCGGAGCUGAACGUCUACAAAUGUCUCCAGUUUCCGUCCGAUAAGGUCGUGUGGGACGUCAAACAACAGUGUCUGGCUUCGCUACCCAAGGUUGUCUUUUGGUUCAUGGAAUUGAAGGAAAGCUUCAACUAUGGCUUAUUCUGUCCCCCGUCCAAUGGAAAAGCAGGCAAAUUUCUCGACGAGGAGCGACGACUUGGUGAUUAUCCAUUCAAUGGACCCGUCGGGUAUUUGGAGCUCAAAUACAAGCGGCGGGUUUACAAGAUGUUGAAUCUGGACGAACGCCAGUUGAAGGCACUGCACACGCGAGCAAAUCUGCGACGCUUUCUGGAGUGCAUCAACGGAGGACACGUCGAAAAGAUCGCCAAAAUGUGUGCCAAAGGACUCGAUCCGAACUUUCACUGUCAGGAGACGGGUGAAACACCGCUCACGAUCGCAACCGGAUCGAGGAAACCGAACAAGCUGCUGAUCGCACUGGUCAACGGAGGCGCCCUGCUCGACUACCGGACACGGGACGGGGCGACCGCACUGCACCGGGCCGUCGAGCGGGAUAGCCUCGAGGCGGUUAGCACACUGCUGGAAUUGGGUGCUUCACCAAAUUACCGCGAUACGAAAGGUUUAACGCCGGUCUACCUCUCUGUUACGCGUAAAACCGACCCGAAAAUCUGUGAAAUCCUACUGCAUGAUCACGCAACCCUCGGCAUCCAGGACAGCCAGGGUUGGCAAGAAGUACACCAGGCUUGUCGGAACGGGUUAGUGCAUCACCUAGAGCACCUGCUGUUCUACGGUGCGGAUAUGGAUGGGCAGAACGCUUCCGGCAAUACGCCGCUGCAUGUUUGCGCUGUUAACAAUCAGGAGGCUUGCGCUAGAAUGCUUCUCUUUCGCGGUUCCAACCGGGGCGCACUAAACUAUGCCAAUCAAACGCCGUACCAGGUCGCCGUCAUCGCUGGCAAUUUGGAACUGGCGGAGAUGAUUCAAAACUACAAGAGUGAAGAUAUCGUCCCGUUCCGCGGUCCGCCACGGUACAACCCGCGUCGCCGCUCCGGGCUCGGUUGGGGCUCGACACUAUCACGCAUUUAUGGAGGGCCACCGUCCCCUUGUCCGUCCGAACAUCCCUUCAGCUCGGCCAGCUCCAGCCUUUCCGAGGGAUCGUCCAGCCAUCGGAGCCACGAGGAUGACAUCAGCAUUGUUACUGACAAAAGCCUUGGAGAUACCAGCGACAUCAUCAGCGAUUCGUCUGGUGUCGGUACUAAUUCGGACAGUGCAGCCUGUUCGAUCGGUCAUCCCAGUACGACUGUGGUUUGCAUGGAAGGUUACGAUGCUGGGCUUUCCGGUCAUAUUCACAUUCAGCCAGGAGACGUCAUUGAGGUUGUCGGUUCGACUGACUGUGGUCUGCUGGAAGGGUUCGUACGAGGAACCAACAAAACUGGCUUUUUCCCUGCGCAUUGCGUCCAGGAGGUUCAAUUCCGACAGAAGAGCAUUAUCAAUGUUUCCACUUCGACUCCGCACCACCUUUACGUGAUCAAUACGAGCAGUAAUGAGAUUCUGGAGCAACAACAGCAACAACAGCAACAGCAGCAACAACUACAGCAGUAUAAUAGUCAAACUGCUCCUAGGAUAAAAAAGGCUUUUUCUAGUGUCAUCGGCGAGGCUCGCAACGUGGUUCUGCACCGAGCAAAACGAGGUUUCGGAUUCAUCUUGCGUGGUGCUAAAGCGUCGUCUCCUCUCAUGCAGCUUAAACCCUCUGCACGCUGUCCAGCGCUUCAAUAUCUCGAUGAUGUAGAUCCGGGUGGCGUUGCUGACAUGGCCGGGCUUAAGCCGGGCGAUUUUCUGCUUGCCAUCAACAACGAAGACGUCACGUGUGCUUCACAUGAGCACGUGGUGGAUCUUAUUCGCAACUCCGGUUCGUUGGUUUCGAUGACGGUCAUCACACUGCCACAAAACUUGGUCAAUUCAAUGAUGGAAAGUGCGAUUAGUGCCAGUGGUGAUGGUAGUCAGCAUUCAAGCUCCGGUAUGAGUACCCCUGUUUCUUCCCGACAAUGUUCCACGCUGCCACGUCGUAUGAAUGGUGGUCCGGCAAGUUUGGCGGGUUGCAAGCUUCCUGCGCCAAUGCCACCACGAAGAGAUCCAAAGACAACACUUAGCGUAGGACGAGCCCGCGCCAAAUCGAUGGUCGCCGGACUGGAGGGAGGAGGCGAAAAAGACGAUGAUGAUCUUGCCAAUCAAACUAAAUCCACUUCAGCUGAAUCGCUGCACCAGCAAUCGCAAUCGGCUAUGAACACACCGACCCAAGGUGGUCCGGGAACUCCAGUACAACCCAGAACAGCGAGCAUCAAGUCACGUCCUACUUCUAGUCGAAUCACGGCAGCUGAGUUGGAAGAAUUAUUUCAGAGACAGCAGGGUGCCGAUGCGAACCGUUGUUCAUUGUUAAUGACUAGUUCUCGUUUUCAGUCUGGCUUCGAUAGUGGUGCAGCAACGCCUCCCACUUCUCCCCAAAAAGGACCAAUCGUGUAUGCCAGCGUGGCGGAGAUGAAACGCAAAAAAUCAUCCAAGAACGGCACGAUGAAGGGACGCCCUAUCCCAAUUCCGCAGGUCGGAUCCGAUUUGAAACGCACUUUUCACAGCACACCGGAUCUCGCUUCCGCCGGAACUGUUUCUGCGGCCGGUAGUGCUGGAACACUAACACCCUCUGCCGGCUGGUUUAAUACCAUUGGACAUAAGGGCCAUCGAUCGCAAGACGAUGUCCACAGCUUACAUAUGUCACUGCAAAGACUGAAUCUCCCCCCGCCAAACCACCCGCCACCACCACCCCCAAUCGGACAAGUUGUUAAGGUGGAAAUUUCGCGAGGAUCCGAGUACGAGUGUCUCACAGCUCUGCAGAAACAUAUCCAGCAAAGAACCAAACAACAAUCAAAGAUUCAGGAUUCGGAGAUUAUGUCGAGUUUUAAGCCGGCCUCCAAUGCAAAACUGUACGCAUCACCGCAGGACAUCCGCAAUGUCGGUUACCGCACAACAAAUGUGACCUCAAACAAUAGUGGGAACAGCAGCAGUGGAAAUAGUAGUACAGGCACCGAGGUCCGCAAGGUAUCCUCGAUCCGUUCGAAUUCCAGCAAUGUGACUACUUCAUCGACCAAUGCAAUCAACGUUACUACGGUAACUAUUGGCGAUGGCAAUAAUCCAUACGCCCAACCUGGUCGACCAGCAGUAAUGCAGCAGACGGCACAACCUCAAACCCAGCAGCAACAGCAACAUCAGCAGCAGUACAAAUCCCCACCUCACAGCGCACCUCCUUUGCCCGAACCUGAUUAUAGCCUGAGUGAAUCUGACACCGAAGAAGAUAACUCGGUUCGGUUAGUGCGAAAUAAGAUAAACGGUAACACUGUGUUGGAACAUAAUGGCGGAUCUGGCAAAGUCAUAGGUAAUGGAAUGGCGACCAAUAGUGUAAGCGCUGUUAAUCCGGGUAUGGCUGCUGAAACUAGUGGAAACAGUAAUACAAGUGGUAGCAGCUCUGGUUCUAGCUCUCUACCGCACUCGUUUUCGGUGGAAGAGAUCCAAAAGAUUCGCACCAAACUCAAAUCAUCCAAAUCAUACCCAAAUGAUUUUCUGCGUCAACAGAACCAGAACACUCAGAAUCAACAAGCGAACAACGAAGACAAUGGUGACAACAGUUCUUCAGGAGUUAGUAGUGAUCAGGAGGUUACGGUUACUUGUAAUGAGGUAUCGUCUCCUAAACCUGCGGGGGCGGCUAUAGAUCCAAGAAAGGUCGGGUCAAUACUAGAACAGAAGAAGAUGGCCGUGAUGAUUACAUCUACUGUACCACUAGUACGCAGUGACGAGGAUGAUGACGAUCAGAGUCCCAGUCCUCCUGCAACCGGUUUUCAGCGUCACAACUCCCUAACUCGGAAGCAGGCAGCAACGAUUGCUGCUAAUCGGGCAAAGGCUAAUCAGCAGAAUAUUCAGCACAGACAUGCUGUAACUCUGGCCACACUUCCACCACCGAUUGAAGCCGACUCGGAUGAAGCUGAUUCCGGUGCUCUACCGGUUGAUGGAACCGAGAGCGAUGGGUCGGUGAUGGUACUUCCACCGCCCGCCGAGUUCAGUGAUUCGAUUAGUGGUGGACAUUCUCAACAGCAACAUCACCAUCAUCAUCACCAGCAUCAACAUCAGCACUACCCGGCCGGAUUGAUCGGUGGUCACAAUCCUAAUUGCAAGCGGGUUCGAAUAGUUGGUGCUGUCCCUAAGGUCAAUCGAUUGAAUAGUCAGUAAGAAAACAAAGCAUGUCCUCUAGAUAGGCACGAAAAAUACAGUUGCAACUGGUUCGUUCACAUCAGCGCAUUUUAUAAUAUAGAUAAAAAUUCAACUGUUGAAUAAAUCUUUUCUGGCCUAUAUUCAAAGCUUCGAAACCCCGUACGGGAAACUAAACUUUAUACGACCAAAUAAAGUUGGCAACAAACAUUAACUAGAUAAAUUACGCUCAAACAAGAAUUUAUGUUGUAGUUGUCAACACACUACUCGUUUAAACAUCUUAAUCGUGCAAUAUCACACCCGAAACGUCGAUGAAAGCUCAAAUCUUUUAAGUGAAGCGACUCUCCCCAUAAGUAGCCAAAAAUAAUUCAAUCAGUAGAAAAUAAUCAUUUCCCUAGGUUUAGUAUGUAUUCCAUUUUUAAUAUAUUUUGAAAACAUGAAAAACGUUCUUUCAAGCUAUUCAGAGAAGCAUCAAAUGAACAAUUUGAGAAUUCGUUUUCGUAUAUGCAAACGUGCAACGCGGUAUUCUUAUUUUUAGUUUUCUUCUAGUUUGUCUGGAAUUUUGUUUAACAAGUAUGCUAGAGAAGCACCCGAUAACUAUAACACGUUAGUGGAAUUUAAUUCACAAAAAACGUCUCUGAAUAUAAACCACCUACAUAUUUAAAAAAAGACCUGUGCAUAUGAAUCGUUUAUAACUUUCUGUCUUUAAUUAAUUACAUUAAUUAACAAGUCAACAGAAUAGUAACUGAGAUAUGAUUCCACAAAGAGUAUGGAAUACAAGCCACUGAAUGAAGGAGAUAGAAUUUUAAUUAAAUUUGCUAGUUAUAUUACGGUUGUAUAUUUUUUUCCGCUGCACUGACAUGGCAAACUCGUUUGUAAGAUUUUUAUACUGCGUUGCAUAUAUGCAAACAAUGAUCGAAAGACACAUUUUGUUGCCCAAAUGUAUCAUAACUACCACACCUAUUAAGUGCAUAAUAAAAAGCACAACUCAUCACGUACAACUUGGAGUAGGAAUUAAAAUGAAGCCGACUGUGACCACUGUGGAAUCACUAUUAUUAUCUCAUCGUGUACACGAAAAGGUCACAUGAUACAAACUCUUGGCCAUUGAACGUGGUUUGAAAGGAAAAAUGCGAAAUUUUACUCGUAAAUUUAAAUGAUUCUUACAUACAUGUGUACUACAAACAAAACGAAUUAAACGUAACUCUGUCCGGAAACAACUAAUGCAGAAUAAAUUAAAGGAAAAUUUUAAACGCUAUCUGCCGCAAACAAUAAUAUUUAGACGAUUUAAAAUCUAGCAGUUUGGAAAAACGAACCAAUAUACAACACAUCCACAUCCGUAUAUUCAAGAAACGACUUUAUGUAAUAGCCUUGAAACAGAUAAAUGAAACGAACGAUUUAAAUGAAACGAAUAUACUCAAAAAGUAGUAAUCGUAUCGCAAUUACAAUAGCGCAUUUUGUCAGUACAUAACCUUUCAUUGAAAGCACUGAAGCCACCUAAUCUAAUCGAUUUAGAAAUACUACCACAAAAUCACGCUAUCACAAAACACAUCAUUGUAGUACUUGUCGUCCCCGUGUUCUUUGUAUUGGUGAUAGAGGCAUUGCUAAUAAAGCAAAAAAAACAAAAACAAGACACCUUGAUCCCGAUAAGUAUCUUUAGUAUGAUCGAUAUGAUAUUAAAAUAACUGCUAUAAUACUAUAGAACCUAUAAUAUAAACAGUAAUCAAAA